AUUUGAACUAUAAAGUGAUGUUCAAAUCAAGUCAAUUUGGCUACGUGCAAUCACCUGGACCCGCAGAACCGAUUAAGCAACUUUCCGGUUGUCUCUGGUUGAAGACGUCUGCCACAAGCACAUUCUUCUCUUACUACGUAGAAGAUGAAACAAGCCCUGGUUUUCAAUUUGGGAUUACUAGCUCAAAUUUUUUGUUUGCUAAAAUCAACGGCAGUCUUGCUAAAAGCACUUAUGAUGACAAACGCAUUGUAAAUAACUAUUGGCAUUUCAUCUGCGUCAUAUGGGAUGGUGUAAUUGGGAAUGUGAAGUUUUAUUACGAAGGAUCAAAGCAUCCUUCAGGCACACUAUCUGGACCGAUCACCCAACUUUCACCAGGAGGAAAAUUUGUAAUUGGUGCAAUAAAAGGCCAAAACAACACGACAUACUCCAGUUCCUUCGUUGGUUAUCUCAGCUGCAUUAAUGUUUGGUCCAUAAUUAUAUCGUACGAGAGCAUUAUUUCAAUGGCGAGCGGUGGAAUGAACAUCAAUGGGGAUUAUCUAGCAUGGCGAGAUGUGCUAGGAUAUAUUCUUGGUAAUUUAACCGUGGUCUCAAAUACAACGAUUCAUUUCCCAGGUUACAGUUUACUGGAAAGAAGGUCAAAAUGGUGUAAUGAAAUAACCACAUCUCUGUCUUGUGGACCUUUUUAUGCUCGACUUGGAGAAGGUACUGGUGGAGAGAAAAUGGUAUGGAGAUGUUAUUGCGCAGUUGCCCUAACUCCUUCAAAAUAUACCUACAGCUAUAAUUUCAAUGGCGGUAGCAGCUCAAGUUAUAUCACCAAGCACGAUGACCUCAUAGCAAUUCACUGAAAAUUGGCUCAUUUUAUUUAAUUUGCUCGAUUGAUUUAAACUUCACCUAAGUUGCCUUACGCACCCUCACUUCCUUCGACGCCCGCGGUUCCUGUCGAUGCUGUGUCCAGAUUUCAGAGUCAUGGUGUAUUACAUCACGGUUAAUUAAUAGAACUGAGAUUAUACAUUCAGUCUCAGUCAAUGAACGUCAGGAUGAGAGUUUUGCAUUAACAUGACAACUGUAACGAUGGACUCGUUCUAUACAGUAUAGUUAAGUUUAGUUUAUGUGACAAAAUGCAGUAACAAUGAAGUAUUGCAAGAGAAAUUGCAUGCUGCAUGCCCGAAUGCACAAAUGUAUUCUGCAUGGGACUUUUAU